AUGCCGGCCAAACGCAAAGCUGGAAACUCUGCGCCAGCGGCCAGGAAAACUGGUCCAGGAGCCAAGUCUUCUCGUACAACCAAGACUUCACUCACCUCUGAUGACAACGAAAGCGACGUGCCUCCUUUUAAGCCGGCCAAAAGAGCACGCGGGGCGACUUCUCAAGCCGCGAAGGACGACGACGACGAUGACGAUGACUUGGGAUAUGGGAGGGGGCCCGCUAAGUCAACGACCAUUGAACAACACUUGAUGGACCAGAACAAAAAGUCCAAGGAGUUCAUUAGUGCGUUUAAAAGCCAGAUUGCGGAGGGUCGGGAGCAGACUCAGGCGGCGUUGGCCAAACUUAGACGGGAGCUGGGCGACCCUCAGAACGAUAGCAGCAACAAUAUGGCAGAGAUCUUCACGGUCCUGCAAACUAGUGUGCGGACUGCCCUUUCUGCGGAUGAUAACCCACUUUUUGAAAAGACCCAACAACUUGUGAGCCUCAGCCACGCGAUCCUCGAUUGCCACCGGAAGGCGGAGAGAGACUCGCGUAAGCAGAACAUUCAGUCCCCUCGAGAGAUAUGGAAGCAGGACGAGGAGGGCAUGCGGAAACUGCUGGAAUACGGUAAGAUAUUUGGCGAGAAGGUGGUUGAGGGCUGGAUUAGCCCGGAUGACCGUGGAGGGGACAGGGAGAGUCAAGAGGAAAGUGAUAACGUGGAUGAAGGGGAAGAUAGUGAGGUCGAGAAUCUGGCUAAAGGGUUGUUUGAAUGGCGGCGGAAGGGCCGGGGAUUGGGGAAGAGUGAUGAGAGCUGGGGGGGCUUGGCAAGGAAGCAGAUGGUUGCCAUGGCGGGGGUUGUGAGGACACUGCCUUCGGAGUUGAAAUAA